AGAGAGAGAGAGAGAGAAAAAAAAAAUCUAACAAAUAAUACUCCCUCUGGAUUCUCCAGAGGGAUACUUUUCUUCCACCUGUUCCUCCCACAACGAGACCUGGGGAUUCACCUAGGCUCGCCAUUCAAAUAUGGAGCCUUUUGAAGGAGUCAUUAAGGAUUUCAAAGGAAGGGCUGCUUUCUAUAAACAUGAUUGGACCAGUGCAUUAUGUUCUGGGAUUAAGAUAUUGGCUCCAACUUUCUACAUCUUCUUCGCUUCAGCUCUUCCUGUUAUUGCUUUUGGGGAACAACUUAACAGGGACACAGGUGGAAGUUUAAGUACAGUUGAAACACUAACAUCAACUGCUAUUUGUGGAAUUAUCCACUCAAUAGUUGGUGGUCAGCCUAUGUUGAUUUUGGGAGUUGCUGAACCAACAGUUAUAAUGUACACUAUUCUGUAUCAGUUCUGCACAAAAAGUCCAGAUCUUGGUGCUGAGAUGUUUUUGCCUUGGGCUGGAUGGGUUUGUGUGUGGACAGCUCUCUUGCUGAUUUUGCUUGCAACUUUCAAUGCCUGCACAAUUAUCUCGAGGUUCACAAGACUCGCAGAGGAAUUAUUUGGCAUGUUAAUCACUGUCCUUUUCUUCCAAGAGGCUAUAAGGGGAAUCAAGGGUGAAUUCGAUACACCCAUAUCAGAAAAUCCUUCUGCAGAGGAACAUCAAUUCCAAUGGCGGUAUAUAAACGGACUACUUGCAGUCAUUUUCUCUUUUGGAAUACUUCUCACUGCCAUGCUCAGCAGAAGAGCAAGAACAUGGAGAUAUGGAACAGGGUGGAUGCGAGCUAUUGUUGCAGAUUAUGGGAUUCCAUUGAUGGUUAUGCUUUGGACUGGACUAUCCUAUACUGUACCCGACAAAGUUCCUUCUGCUGUUCCUAGAAGGCUGGUUUGUCCACUUCCCUGGGAACCUGCUUCUCUCUAUCACUGGACAGUAAUAAUGGAUAUGGGAAAGGUACCCGUGCUUUACAUCUUUGCAGCAUUUAUUCCAGCUAUGAUGGUAGCAGGGUUAUACUUCUUUGAUCAUAGUGUAGCUUCUAAGAUGGCUCAACAGAAGGAAUACAACCUUCAAAAGCCAAGUGCUUAUCACUAUGAUAUGUUCCUUCUUGGUAUACUGACUCUGAUUUGUGGUUUACUUGGCCUCCCUCCAUCAAAUGGAGUCCUUCCUCAGUCUCCCAUGCAUACAAAGAGUUUAGCAGUUCUCAGGAGGCAGAUGGUCCGAAAAAAGGUGGUAAAAAGUGCCAAGGAUUGCAUUAAGCAACAAGGAACCAACAUUGAAUUAUUUGGAAAGAUGCAAGAUGUGCUUAUAGAAAUGGAUUCUAAACCAAACAUUUUGAAUUUGGUUCAGACUCAAGACCUGAAGAAUUUGAAGGAGGCUGUAAUGCAAUCUUCUGAUAAUAAUGGAGAAACGCGUACAUUUGAUCCUGACAAACACAUCGAUUCCUACAUACCUGAACGUGUUAAUGAGCAAAGAAUUAGUAACUUAUUGCAGUCUCUCCUGGUUGGUCUAUCAAUUUUUGCCAUUUCUGUCAUCAAAAUGAUACCUACUUCAGUUCUGUGGGGAUAUUUUGCAUACAUGGCUAUUGAUAGUCUACCAGGGAAUCAAUUCUGGGAAAGAAUAUUGCUUCUCUUAAUCUCACCAAGCCGGCGCAACAAAAUUUUGGAAGGUCCUCAUGCCUCUUUUGUGGAAUCAGUGCCAUUCAAGACCAUAGCCAUGUUCACAGUCUUCCAGUGUGUGUACUUUUUAAUAUGUUAUGGAGUGCAAUUGAUACCUAUAGGAGGAAUACUUUUCCCAUUACCUUUCUUCCUUCUCAUACCCAUAAGAGAGCACUUGCUUCCCCACAUAUUCGAGCCUAUUGAUCUUCAAGAACUAGAUGCUGCUGAGUAUGAGGAAAUUCUUGGAGUUCCAAAUUCGGUAUAUAUGUCAUGUGCUCAACAAUGUAGUUAUAUGUUUAUGAAAGAUCCAAGUCUGGAUGACAACAACGCCGAGAUAUUGGAUCAGAUAACAACUUACAGAGGAGAAUUAAAGCAUAGAACUGUAAGCCAAAGGAGAAACAGAGGCUUCAAUGAAGAGGAUCAAGAGACAGAUAUUUAUCUAUAA